UGCUGAGGCUGGGACUGUCACUCAUUCUCCGAUCAGCGCGUGAACGCAUCUCGGCAGCGGCUGGCAGGAAACAAUUCUGCAAAAAUAAUCGUACUCAGCCUGGCAAUUGUCUGCCCCUAGGUCUGUUGCUCUGCCGCCGUCCACACUCGCUGCAAGGGGGGGGGGCAGAGAAUUCACCGCGGCAAGAACAUCCCUCCCGGCCAGCAGAUUACAAUGCUGCAAACUAAGAAUCUCAUCUGGACUUUGUUUUUCCUGGGAACUGCAGUUUCUCUGCAGGUGGAUAUUGUUCCCAGCCAAGGGGAAAUCAGCGUGGGAGAGUCCAAAUUCUUCCUGUGCCAAGUGGCUGGAGAUGCCAAAGAUAAAGACAUCUCCUGGUUCUCCCCCAACGGAGAGAAGCUCACCCCGAACCAGCAGCGGAUCUCAGUGGUGUGGAACGAUGACUCCUCUUCCACCCUCACCAUCUACAAUGCCAACAUCGACGACGCCGGCAUCUACAAGUGCGUGGUCACUGCGGAGGAUGGCACCGAGUCAGAGGCCACAGUCAACGUGAAGAUCUUCCAGAAGCUCAUGUUCAAGAAUGCGCCAACCCCACAGGAGUUCAGAGAGGGAGAAGAUGCCGUGAUCGUGUGUGACGUGGUCAGCUCCCUCCCCCCAACCAUCAUCUGGAAGCACAAAGGCCGAGAUGUCAUCCUGAAAAAAGAUGUCCGAUUCAUAGUCCUGGCCAACAACUACCUCCAGAUCCGGGGCAUCAAGAAAACAGAUGAGGGCACUUACCGCUGUGAGGGCAGGAUCCUGGCCCGCGGGGAGAUCAACUUCAAGGACAUUCAGGUCAUUGUGAAUGUGCCACCCACCGUCCAGGCCAGGCAGAGCAUAGUGAAUGCCACCGCCAACCUCGGCCAGUCCGUCACCCUCGUGUGCAACGCCGAAGGCUUCCCGGAGCCCACCAUGAGCUGGACAAAGGACGGGGAGCAGAUAGAGAAUGAGGAAGACGAGAAGUACCUGUUCAGCGACGACAGCUCCGAGCUGACCAUCAGGAAGGUGGACAAGAACGACGAGGCCGAGUACGUCUGCAUCGCCGAGAACAAGGCGGGCGAGCAGGACGCGUCCAUCCACCUCAAGGUCUUCGCAAAACCCAAAAUCACCUACGUAGAGAACCAGACUGCCAUGGAACUAGAGGAACAGGUCACUCUUACCUGUGAAGCCUCGGGAGACCCCAUUCCCUCAAUCACCUGGAGGACAUCCACCCGAAACAUCAGCAGCGAAGAAAAGACCCUGGACGGGCACAUGGUGGUGCGCAGCCACGCCCGCGUGUCGUCCCUGACCCUGAAGAGCAUCCAGUACACUGACGCCGGGGAGUACGUCUGCACAGCCAGCAACACCAUCGGCCAGGACUCCCAGUCCAUGUACCUCGAAGUGCAAUAUGCCCCCAAGCUGCAGGGCCCUGUGGCUGUGUACACGUGGGAGGGGAACCAGGUGAACAUCACCUGCGAGGUGUUUGCCUACCCCAGUGCCACUAUCUCGUGGUUCCGCGACGGUCAGCUGCUGCCCAGCUCCAACUACAGCAACAUCAAGAUCUACAACACCCCAUCCGCCAGCUACCUGGAGGUGACCCCAGACUCUGAAAAUGAUUUUGGAAACUACAACUGUACUGCGGUGAAUCGCAUCGGACAGGAGUCUUUGGAAUUCAUCCUUGUCCAAGCAGACACCCCGUCCUCACCGUCCAUCGACCAGGUGGAGCCAUACUCUAGUACAGCGCAGGUGCAGUUUGAUGAGCCAGAGGCCACCGGCGGGGUGCCCAUCCUCAAAUACAAAGCAGAGUGGAGAGCGAUGGGGGAGGAGGUGUGGCACUCCAGGUGGUAUGAUGCCAAGGAAGCCAGCAUGGAGGGCAUCGUCACCAUCGUGGGCCUCAAGCCCGAGACGACGUACGCAGUCCGGCUGGCGGCCCUCAACGGCAAGGGCCUGGGCGAGAUCAGCGCCGCCUCCGAGUUCAAGACGCAGCCAGUCCGGGAACCCAGCGCACCUAAGCUCGAAGGGCAGAUGGGAGAGGAUGGAAACUCUAUUAAGGUGAAGCUGAUCAAGCAAGACGACGGUGGCUCCCCCAUCCGACACUACCUGGUCAAAUACCGAGCGAAGCUCUCCUCCGAGUGGAAACCAGAGAUCAGACUCCCAUCUGGCAGUGACCACGUCAUGCUCAAGUCCCUGGACUGGAAUGCCGAGUACGAGGUCUAUGUGGUGGCCGAGAACCAGCAGGGCAAGUCCAAGGCGGCGCACUUUGUGUUCAGGACCUCAGCCCAGCCCACAGCCAUCCCAGCCAACGGCAGCCCCACCUCGGGCCUGAGCACUGGCGCCAUCGUGGGCAUCCUUGUCGUGACCUUCGUCCUGCUCCUGGUGGCCGUGGACGUCACCUGCUACUUCCUGAACAAGUGUGGCCUGCUCAUGUGCAUCGCCGUCAACCUGUGUGGCAAAGCCGGGCCCGGAGCCAAGGGCAAGGACAUGGAGGAGGGCAAAGCCGCCUUCUCGAAAGACGAGUCCAAGGAGCCCAUCGUGGAGGUGCGAACGGAGGAGGAGCGGACCCCGAACCACGACGGAGGGAAACACACGGAGCCCAACGAGACCACGCCACUGACAGAGCCCGAGCUGCCUGCUGACACCACAGCCACUGUCGAGGACAUGCUGCCUUCUGUCACCACCGUCACCGCUAACUCUGACACUAUCACCGAAACCUUUGCCACUGCUCAGAACAGCCCCACCAGUGAGACCACCACCCUGACCUCCAGUAUCGCCCCCCCGGUCGCGGCCACCCCUGAUUCAAACUCUGUGCCCGCCGGCCAGGCCACCCCGUCCAAGGGGUCCGGCGUCUCUGCCGCCUCCCCGGCCCCGGCCCCAGCCCCCAAGGUCGCGCCCCUUGUUGACCUGAGCGACCCUCCCACCCCGGCCCCAGCCACCAGCAACCUGUCCUCUAGCGUGCUGGCCAACCAGGGGGCCGUGCUCAGCCCCAGCGCCCCGACCAGCGCGGGCGAGGCCCCCAAGGCCCCUCCAGCCAGCAAGGCCGUCUCCCCGUCGGCAGCCAGUCCCCUGGCAGCAGCCCCGACGGCCCCUGCCCCGGAAGCCCCCCAGGCCAAGCAGGAGGCUCCCGGCACCAAAGGUCCGGACCCCGAGCCCACCCAGCCCGGCGCCUCGAAGAGCCCACCGGAGGCCGCCAGGGCCCUCGCCAGCCCGAAGAGCGAGGCGGCCUCCGUCAGCACCACAAACCCUGCCCAGGGCGAGGACUUUAAAAUGGACGAAGGGAACUUCAAGACCCCAGAUAUUGACCUUGCCAAGGAUGUUUUUGCAGCCCUGGGCUCUCCUGCUCCCGCCGCUGGGGCCAGUGGACAAGCCUCUGAGCUUGCUCCUUCCACGGCCGACGGCUCUCUUCCGCCUGCACCAGCCAAGACCGAGAAGGGUCCCGUAGAAGCAAAGCCGGAGACAGAAACGAAGCCAGCGCCAGCCGAAGUCCAGACGGUCCCCAACGAUGCCACACAAACAAAGGAGAACGAGAGCAAAGCGUGAUGGGUGACGAGACACCAGCAAAGAUCAAAAUAAAAAGUGACACAGCUUCACCAGAGCAUCUCCAAUAUCUCACACACACACACACACACGCACACACACACGCAUACACACAUCUCAUUCCUCUAGUGUCUUUUGCCUUUAAAAAAAAAAAAAAACUAAGCAGAUCAACAUGGGAUCUCCUUUUUGUAGAUUUAUAGAAAGGGUUCCUUUGUUGCGCACUCACUUGUAAGAAAACGAGACAAAAACGUGAAACCCACAGCCAAACUAGGACACUCGGUUCCCUGAAACCAUUUAAAAAUCAAACAAAAGGACCCCAAAUUAAGAAUCUAGGAAGCUCAGAAGAAAAAAGAAUCUAGGUUCAGGAUUUUGGUGUUGCUGAACCGGCACAGACCGGGUUCAGAGAAAUAACUUCCAGACGCUAAGACUAACCGAAUGAACAAAGUCCAAGUUUAUUUUUCUACUUUCAGUCGAGUUUGAACUCUGUAAAACCUCAUAAAUAAGUUAUAAUUUCUGUUCACUUUGUAUUUGUUCAGUAUGCAAAGUGUGUCCCCCUUCCUAGCUGAAUUCAAUUCCCACAUAGACUCUUGUUUUGUAGGAAGAAUGCCAAAUGCAGCUUCUGGGGGUAGAUCUCAAUUUGCAGUAUUCGGAUUUCUUUUCUUUCUCCUUUUUUUUUUUUUUCUUUCUGCCAACUUUGCUUUCCAGUGUUUACAAGUUGACAAAUGUUUGACUUCAGUUGUGUUUCGAUGUCCAUGUAAAAUAGCUGCCUUUUUUUUUUUUUCUUUUUUAAGUUACAAAUACUGCCUAGAGGUGUAGGAUCCUCCCAGGACAACUUUACAAAAUCUAAUUGUUUACAGUGGCUCUUCCCCCCCUUCUGAUUUGAAAUUUUUGCCUGUGUGUGACUCAGGUGAAAAUCCAUCUCGUUCUGGAACGGUUUUGCUUUUGGGUUUUCGGUUCCGUUUGUUUUUUUUUUUGUUUCCUUGGGGGUUAGACCACUUCUGAUUAGUGACCACCUGCCCGUAUCUGUGAAAAGGAUCUGCUCCCCAGGCAUCCCCACCCUUCCUUUUGAAGGACUCUUAGGCUUUGUUGAAUGAAGCAGAGAAGAUUGUAUAGUCGGGGCUGGUCUUGGUGAACACACAUUUUUACCCCAAACAUCCCCUUUUUUGUAGAAAGCCAAAUAAAAUAUAUACAUACAAUUUCCUUUUGAGCCCAGAAUCUAGAUUUGAGCGGAAGAGCAUGUGUGCUUCAGGGAAUUAGUGUCUUUUUUUGGAAAUCUGUUGAAGUAAAAUAACAUCAGCCUUCUGUUCACUUAGGCAGCAUUUGUAGAAACAAAAGAAAAAAAAAAACAACCUGCUGUCUGGAGUCAUAAGACAACUUUUCCUGGAUUGGAAACCAAGUGGGGGGAAAAAAAAAUACAGAAACUGUAAGGGGGAUGGGAGGGGGGAGAAGGGAAAAGCCAGCCCUUUGUAUAGAAAUUUUGCUUUUUUUUUCCUCAUUCUACUUUAGAACUGCAAGCUUGUGCACUGUGGAUGCGUGAAUAUUUUAGUGUGAAACGUGUUUUUGUCAUAGUAUUGAAAUAAAACUUCAACAUAGUUUGGUUGUGGAAGGUAUAGCAGAUAGUUCAGAAAAAAAAAAACAUUCAGGAAACAAAAAAUAACUCUUAAAAGGAAUUGAAGCCUUUAAACAAAGAAUGAAAUAGAAACGAUGAUGAUGAUGAAGAUGAUGCUAAGUCAACAGAAAUGAGCACUCUGCGGGUACCUUUCCCAAGGUACAGAGGAAGCAGCCAGAGGUUAGGGUGGCAAGACUCCCUCUGCGUCCGUUCUGUGGGCCACUCUCCCCCGUGUUCUGACACUUCUGCAGUCUGGUCAGUGGCGCUAUGCUAGAUUAUUUCAAACUGUGAAAAAUAAUGGUCUUGUCAUUUGCUCAGUGUGGGGUUAUUUUGCAUUUUCUCAGCUCCUGGGGAUGGAAAUGGAGGAUCCGGGCCUACACAGGUCUGGCCUUUGACCUUAGGGCUUGCACAAAUCUUUGGUUCGAAUGCACAGGCCCCCAGGACGGAGACAGUGGUUAGAGCACGCAGCAGAUGGGAGCUCCUGGGCGUCUGAGACAGAAGGGAGGGCCCAGCGGGGAGCAGUGGGUGGGCUCCUCUGGUUCCCCAGAUUGUCAGUGGAAUCGAUUCCUCAUUUUGGGAUGGUAAUGGCUUCGACCACCUCAGCCAAGCCCACACUAUACCUCACUGAGACUGUGCAUCUCUCUUUAAGGGGUUGUGGUCAAGUGAACUGAUUUUGAUUCUGGUGGUUAGGAGGAGGAAGAGGUAUGGUUGACCCUCAGAUAACCUGGCCCAGGGCAGCUGACUCCCCACCCACCCGCUCCCCAGAUCCCGGCUCUGCUGGAACCCCAAACUCUGCCAGCCUUUUGUUCUGCCUCUCUCCCGUCACACGUAGAUUUGUCUCUGCAUGCAUGAGCUUUCCUUUCUUUGAAAAAUAAAAAAACAAAUCAGAGCAAUGCUUUCUCUAAAAUCAUAGAGGGAGUCGCUUUAUUUUCAAGACAUUGUAUCUUUUAUGUUAAGAGAUAAAAGCUUAUAGUUUUCCUUUUUUAAUUUUUUGAAGGAGGGAUCACCCUACCAGUUUCCACUGUCUAUGUGUCUAUAUGUGUAUGUGCCAUACAUAUGUAUUCACAUAAAGACCGGCGUGGCCAGGUUCUGCCAGAGGGGCACUCGGGUGCCACGCAUGGGGCCUCCGAACCCUGAAGGGCCGUAGUGUAUAUAAUGCAGCUUUGAAGUGGAACGCGGUUUUCACACUUUUCUAUGGAGCCUUCCAACUCCCAGGUUUUCACUCUAGGCUGUCUGUCUGGAUGGUGGUUAUCAGAUCUCCAUUAACAUCUCUACCCAGCAUUCCCGACUUCGGGGGCCUUCUCUCUUGUUACAAACUUUUUACCAAGUGAAACAUCGAUACCACCUUUGUUUCCAUUCUCACUGGUGUAAAUACUGAGUACUAACUGAGAAUUUUGACUUUGCAUUCUGUCAGAAUACUUGUGUUCAAUAAAAAUUGAAAGA